AUGAAUACGGAAUUAUUACACUGGACAAGUCUCAAAGUCAAACUAGUUAGCUGCUUGUUUAAUCCUAUAAUCCUGGUACCAACAUUUGUCUAUCUAGUUUCGAUAUGGACGGUCUAUUCUCUGGAACAGUCACUAAGUAACACAGAUUUAAUCCAGUCUUUGACCACGGAGACGCAGACGCUCGUUCAGACACAGACGCAGACGGAAACGCCGACACAACCUACGGCGACAGUGACUAUCGAACCGACGACUACACCAACACACACUUCUUUACCACGCCUAGACAUUGCUUCGAUAAAUAAAACAUUGAUAGAGUACAUCGAUAACGAGCUAAACUUCACUGUAUCGUUUGUUAAUAAGCACGUCAUUAAUGACUUCAACGGUACCAUAGCAACCAGCUUAAACAACUGGAACAAGUCCCUGCAUGAUGGGGUGCAGAAUCAGCAAACAAUGCUGCAGGCAAUUGUUGAAUAUAACAAUAGCAUCUGGGAUAACUUGAGACGACAAUCAGAAAGGAUCAACUCUACAAUAGAUGAAUUAUCAAGUUCUGGGUUCACAAUUGGUUCUAACAAUGGAGGGCAGAUAAUCAAUGAUCUGCGACUAGACUACGAGUUUGUUCCUGAAAUGUUUUCGAGCGUUUCUGCAGAUUUGGAAAAAGUGCAAGACUUUGAAUUUAGAGAUUUACCAUAUCUGGAGUGGACAAGAAUUGACUACGAGGGACUACUUUCAGAAUUUACUAAUAUCAGGGAAGAUUUGCUUAAAAAUUUACAAUUGCUGAUCGAAAACCGCACGGACGUAUUUUUCCUGGCAUCAGAAAAUCUUAAAAGCAGAGAUGUCGAACAAGAACGGCCAGCACCUAGAAAUAGCAGGAAGCUUGCUAUCAGAUUGACUAUCGGUGUAAUAAUGCUUGCUAUGGUAUCCCUUGUGUUGCUAUUUUUAAAAGAAUGGCUGUGCUACUCUCUACAGAACCAUGAGAUGAUACAUGCUAUUGCAGCCGAAGUAUCUACAAGGUUGGAGGACAAUGAAGACGAGCUAUCCAUUACAGAUUCGCUGAAACGCAGAAAGUGGCUCAACGACAAAGUGAGAAGCAUUGCCUGCUCCUUCGAAUAUACACUCACACAUUACAUUGUGAAUUUACAAUCUAGAUUUUAUAAGGCCCGUUGCAUAUCCUCAAAAUCACCCCCGGACUGGAAUGUCCGAUUCUCAAAUCUCAGAUGGAAGCAGCUGUCACUGUACAAUAUUUGGAUAAUCGGCCAACAUGGCUUAGUCCUAUGGCUCACACUAUUCGUUAUCGUAACCGACUGGCAGCUCAUCUCAACCUUAAUUCCCAAAAGCGACAUCACUCUGGCAUCGAACCAACACGCUCUUCUUUUGAAAAGAUCAGUCUCAUACAGGGCCGCCCCAUCUCCACACCCGUCCCAAAUCAUCGCUGAACUAUGCCACACAUUCCAGAAUUCCAUAGACACCCAAUCAGCGAGCAUACUCAACAAAACACUUUUGUCUUCCGCAGAAGAACACUCCCUACAAACAGCAACGUCCGUCCUCAGCGACCAGAUGACCGCUGUCAUCGCCGACGUCGCUGCCUCAUUACCAUCCUCCCUAAUCCUCCCCCAAAUGGUCCUGCCCACAACCCAGUAUCCCCUCACUCUCACACCCCUUCACAAACCUCACGGACGCCGUCCUCCUAAAUAUUUACGCCCCAGCUAA